AAUCAGGCAGUUUUGGAGAAAAAAAAAAUCUGCCCAUUCCUGCGCAAGACGUUUUCUACAUAAACCUCAAUGUUGUGCAGCCAAAGAGCAGCAACAACCUGAAGUCUGUGACUCAACUCUCAAUGAGCACCUGUGAGAUUGUCAGCCCCUCCCCUCGCCUCUCUCCAUGGAUGUAAUCUCCGACCUGACAACAGAAAUCCCCGUUGAAGCUUCUGCAGACAUGGGUCGUCAAGAGGCCGACUAUGUGUGGAAGAAAAACACUGAAAACAUCCAGGAGGUGUUUGACUUCAUGGAGGAGUUGGGAUCGGGGGCGUUCUCCGAGGUUUACAUGGUGAAGGAGAAGAAGACGGGAAAGAUGUUUGCCAUGAAGUGUGUGAAGAAGAAACAGAAGAGGGACCUCAAUCUGGAGAAUGAGAUUGCCGUGUUGAGGAGAAUCAAACACGAGAACGUCGUGGGGAUGGACGAUUUCUACGAAAGUCGGACUCAUUAUUAUCUUGUCAUGCAGCUAGUUUCAGGCGGGGAGCUCUUUGACCGUAUACUGGACCGGGGCGUGUACUCAGAGAAGGAUGCCAGCAGGGUGAUCCAGCAGGUUCUGCAGGCCGUCAGCUAUCUGCACCAAAACGGCAUAGUGCAUCGUGACCUCAAGCCAGAGAACAUCUUGUACUACAGUCAGGCCGAGGACUCCAAGAUCAUGAUCAGUGAUUUUGGCCUCUCAAAGAUGGUAGACAACGGCAUCAUGUCGACAGCCUGCGGCACUCCGGGAUAUGUAGCUCCUGAGGUUUUGGCACAGAAGCCCUACAGCAAUGCAGUGGACUGCUGGUCUAUUGGAGUUAUCACCUAUAUUCUACUCUGUGGAUAUCCCCCUUUUUAUGAAGAAAGUGAGACUCGACUCUUCUCCAAGAUCAUGAAGGCUCAGUAUGAGUUUGACUCGCCCUUCUGGGAUGACAUUUCUGAAUCCGCUAAAGAUUUCAUACGUAACAUGAUGCAGAAGAAUCCCCUCAUGCGCUACUCAACUGAACAAGCGCUCAGACAUCCCUGGAUUAUCGGGAAGACGGCCCGGAGCCAGGACAUCUACUAUUCCGUCAGCGUUCAGAUCCAAAAGAACUUUGCUAAGUCCAAGUGGAAGCAAGCCUUCAACGCUGCCGUAGCCAUCAACCACAUGAAGAAGCUGCAGCUGGCCCACUCAGAGCUGGUCUUGAGGCAGGCCAGCAUCCCAGACAUCAAGGUGAUCGACGUGUCCCUGCAGAACAAUAACUGCAAACAUCCCAACUCUGACAGGCUGGACCCCAAGGCGCCGCAGGUCAAUGGGAACGUACACGCGACAAAUUACAUGCCCCUUCCCAUGAACCAUGUUGAACUGAAGAGCCAUUACUACCCACUGAAGGCCAGUCAGAGUCAGAGCGGCACGCACCACACGCCCACUUUCGCCGAGCAGGGCAAGCACGUCUACCACUCGGAGCCAGCCAACCUGAACGGGUAUGGUAAAAACAGAAACGACAAGCCUGUGCAGACUGGAGUUUGUUCAGUCAUGUGAAGGCUGCAUGAAGUUUACAUGGAAAAACAGUAUUUUAGUUGGUCAGUGUUGCGGUGCUGACUCAGCAUGCGGCUGUUUUGUGUCAGCAGCUCCCCUACCAGUACUCUGAGAACGAGAAGUGGUUGAUCCCUUUGACGGACCUAAUUGGUCUGAGAGGGUCCACAGUCAGUGGGACAAUUUAUUUUGGAAAGAGUGCCUAUGAAGCUUCCCGACAACCACAUAGAAGCACACGGAUCACAUUCACGCACACAAGACACACUUUAGCUCCGAUGCACAGGGUAGACUUCAGACAGUAUUCAAAGGAUUGUCUCUCCUAAAAGGGGCCGUGAUGGGAUUACCUGCUGCUGAGCUCCACUUGAAUGUUCAUCUCAUUCAUGGUGAAGUUGAUCCCUGACCUCUGAUGUCGUGAAGGCUUUAUAUCACAGCUCUUGAUCAAGGAGAGUUUAUUUUAAUCCGGGCACUCAGUGUACAAGUGUAUAAAGAUCGUUGUCACAUGCUGUUUAAGAAAAUACACACAAUGCAAUAAGAUGAACAUUAUUGUGCUUCAUCAAUUGUUGAUGUGUAAAAUGUUCUCCUUUAGCUAACCUGCACCUGUAAGUACAAUAGAUUAUGGAAAAACUGCAUGCUUCCUGCUUCCAUUAAGCCAUACUAAUAUUAUUUAUUCUGAUAAAGUUGUUUCUUAUUUUUAUUACAUUCCUUAUGUUAAUCUGUUUGUGUUGAGUUUUAUUUUUUCUAAAGUUUUUCCUUCCUUUUUUAAAAAAAUAAAUAAAAAAAAGAUCCAUAUAGCUAUGAUUUGUUAUAGAUCAUAUAAUAUGUUAUGAUAAAUUAUAUGAUAUAUAACAAUAUAUGUUCAAACUGACAAAUCAUUAACAUUAAGGCCACAAGUAUAACCAUAACUUGCCAAUAAUUUCAUAGCUCUCACAUGCCAUCAACCUGUUAGGAUAUGAAAUGUCAUUUAUAUUUACUGUAAUAAAUGUUUCUGGUUCAUUCUGGGCAGUUUUCUCUCUUUGUCUCUCCAGCUAUAUGUGACUUUGUAUUGAUGCAUUCAACAGAUAUUGACCUAGUCUGUAUGUAUUAUACUGGGAUCCCUGUAUGCUCAUAAAUAAAGUUGCCUGUACAGAAUCUGAA